CUGGAUGGUGUCAUGUGAGUGCUUGUAGAUUUUUUGCAUUGUGCUUUGCUGUGGUUUCUUUCCUGGUAUUGGACAUGGGAGAGAGGAACACUCAACUCCCUCUUGCCUUAUAAAAAAUUGUCCUUGUCCAGUCUUCUGAGAUCUGUUUCACCAUCCAGGAACUAACAAAGAUAAGUGCCAGUGGAGCUGUGGGAUCUUCGUCCUCAGAUUUCUUCAAGAUGAGUUGGAUAACAUGGAGGAGCCCUAUAGCUGCCCAUUCUGUGAGCAGGAGAUUGGAUGAGAGACCUUGAGGAGUGAUGUGGGAACCACCUGUUCUCUGUGAUAAAGGGAAGACACAAAACAUCUGAUAGAUGGAAGCCAUGAAGAUGUCAAAGCGGUUCUUUGCUUUUGGGAUUUUGGCAUGCAUAGCUAUUUAUGUUGCAUACAUAAAAUGGCACUUGGAUUCCAAACCGCUCAUGGGAGCAACAGAAGGAAUUGCUGAAAGCAGGGGAGAUAAACUGAACCAUCAGGCAGUGACCACAGAUCUCCCGGUCUUUUAUGGAAUUAUGUUUGAUGCAGGAAGCACAGGAACUCGCAUCCAUAUAUUUAAGUUUACACAGCAGCCAAGAGAAACUCCCAAAUUAACCCAUGAGACGUUUAAAGCACUGAAACCAGGUCUAUCUGCAUAUGCUGAUGAUGUCGAAAAGAGUGCCCAGGGCAUAGAAGAGCUCCUGGAGGUGGCAAAGAAGGAAGUUCCUAUGGAGCUGUGGAAGUUCACUCCUCUGGUCCUGAAAGCCACAGCUGGCCUACGGUUGCUGCCAGGAGAGAAAGCUCAAAAGUUGCUGGAUAAGGUGAAGGAGAUUUUUCAGGCCUCUCCCUUCUUUGUGAGGGACGACUGCGUGUCAAUAAUGAAUGGAACCGAUGAAGGUAUUUCAGCCUGGAUCACAAUAAACUUUUUAACAGGUAGGCUAGAUGAUCCCCAGAAGAGAAGUGUAGGGAUGCUGGAUUUGGGUGGUGGAUCAACACAGAUCACCUUCCUUCCACGUGCUGAGGAAACUCUCCAGACAUCACCAGCUGGCCACACAACUUCAUUUCAGAUGUUUAAUCACACCUACAAGCUGUAUUCCUACAGUUACCUGGGACUUGGGCUGAUGUCAGCAAGGCUUGCCAUUUUGGGCGGAGUUGAGGGAAAACCCUCAGAAGGGGAGGAGUUGAUUAGCCCUUGUUUGCCACCUGGCUUCAAAUCUGAAUGGCAACAUGCUGAGAUAGUGUACAAAAUUAAAGGACAGAAGGCAGGUGAGCCUCUUUAUGAGUCUUGUUCUAAUAAAGUGGCAAAGAUGCUCUACAAAAAGGUGCAUAAAGCUGAGGAAGUGAAAGACUUGGAUUUUUACACUUUCUCCUACUACUAUGACCGUGCAGCAGAGGCUGGUCUCAUAGAUAAAGAAAAAGGAGGAAGCUUAACUGUCAGUGACUUCGAAAUUGCAGCUAAAUAUGUUUGUAAGACCAUGGAAAUCAGCCCUGGAAGCAGCCCUUUUCUCUGCAUGGACCUCACGUACAUCACCUUCCUCCUGCAAGAGCUGGGCUUCCCGAAGAGCCAGGCCUUUAAGCUUGCCCGGAAAAUUAACAAUGUUGAAACAAGCUGGGCAUUGGGAGCCACUUUCCAUUACAUCGACUCGCUCAAUAGACUGCAGUACUAAAGCUCCUAGAAGGUGACUUUUGGGAACCUCCAUUUUUUGGAAGCUCAACAUGGAGAACCUGUUGAAGGACAUGCUUUUGGCUUCUGGAGUCUUUUGGAAGGUCACCAUGAAACAGGUUCCUUUCCUCCCACCACCUGCCAAGUCCUCUCCAUCACUAGCUCUUUUUUACAGUGCAGAGUGCGGUGUGUAAAAAAUAAGCCUUGAUUUGACAGCAUCUGGCAUCAGCUUGAUGUAAACUUGAUCAUUAUGGAAGGAAAACCAGGACUCUGCAGGACAUCUAUGAUCUCUAUGAGAAAAACACACCUUUUUGGAAUAUGCCUGUACUAUGAGCUUGCAGUAUGCUAAAGUUGCUGUAGGAAACAGUCACUCCACAAGGAACUCUUUACUGUCCUGAUUUCAGGGUGUUUUUUCAUGUUUGUCAGCAGUUUUCAGUGAUGAUUUUUAUGUUACUACUUGUGUUUGAAGGUGAACUUGCGUGUGUGCAAAAAUGGUGCAUUUACACAGAUGGUGACAGGCAGCAGCUUUGAAAUGCAGCGUGGACGUUGCAGCUCUGUUUUCCACUUGCUGAAGGAGGAAAGCUCAGGAGCACUCUAGAAACUGGAUAUGGACUUGGAGGCAUGAGCCUGUA